UCUAUGUAAUAAACGGAGAUGUUUACUAAACGGCGGUUAUGAUUGGCAAAGGCAGGUGCAGCAGCAGGAGCUACGGUUUAAAUGCAAAACUGCAGUGUCCCUCGCCAUAUGUUAUUGAUGGUAGCUUUAUUACUAAAGUGUGUGAUCAAUCAGUGGAUAGUUGGAGCUAACGAGAUGAUCCACCUUCUAAGCAUAUGAGUAUAGAAGUGGAGAGAAAGUUUUUAUGCAGUGCAAACACACUGAAAACCCUGAAAGAAAUUGGAGGUACGGUAUGUUGCUGUUAUUUCACGCAGAUAUUUAAUUGUCUAUUUUAUAUGACUUUAUUUACAGUUUGUGCUGGUCAGCGCCAGUUUCACGACCAGUAUUUUGACACGCCACAAUUUCACCUGACUUUAAGAGACAUGUGGCUGCGCAAACGCACAGGAUGCUGGGAGCUCAAGUGUCCGACCACAAGAGUAAAAGGGGCGGAGGAGUCUGAAGCGUCUGCGCAAUGUAGUCGCUAUAAAGAGAUAACCAAUUUGAGUGAUAUUAAACUCAAGCUGAAAGAGGUUCUAAAGGAUAUUGGCGAAGAUGUGACCAGCAGAAAACAGUUGUCCUGUGUGACUGAGAGCUGUCAACAUGAGAUUGACUCUGUACAAGACCAGUGUUGGGCAAGGAGCAUGAAUCUGUUCGUCUUUGCGGAGUUUACCACAGUGAGGCAGACAUUCACUUUAAAAGAGGAUGGCGUGCAAGUCGAUCUCGACGAAGCAGACUUUGGCUACCGUGUGGGAGAGAUAGAGGUCCUCAUACCAGAGGGAGGAGAUAUGCAGGCCGCCAUGGACAAGAUUGAAAGAACAGCAAAGAAACUUGGUUUGACUGGCGAUCGGCAAGUUGACGGGAAAAUGUCAGUUUACCUUCAAGUAAACUACCCAGAGCAUUACGCAAGACUACUGAGUGAACACAUUUUGUGAACGACUCACCACAGUUUCACACUGGCCGUCUUUGACGUGAGUCCUUGUCCAACCCGGCACAGAUGAGGGAGAAGCGAUCCUGUUCAGUAGAGUCAAGGGGACGUAUUGUCUCCAUGCCAGCACUGGCUGGGAGUAUCCUGAUGGGCACACCUGUGACAGUACAGGCAAUAAAGCAACAUAGUCAGCAGCAGUGGAAUUAUUUAUUGUAUUAAAUUAAGAGCAAGCCAUUAAAUCUACACUGACUUCGCUUUCUCUUGUUUGGCUGUCUUUGUUGCAAGGUGUGGGUCCCUGCAGAACCGUUGCUGUUCACAUGAGGAUUACACUUAAAAAGGUGCCAUAAUGUAAUCCUUAUGCAAUAUUGUACUUGCAUUUCUAUGCAAAUAACUUGUAUUUACCCUAUUGACACAAUUAUAAGAAGGUAUUUUUCCCUAGAAAAAGUCUCAAAAGACUUGUCUUAUAGUCAGAAUCCAGCGUUUUAUUCUUGCAAAUUAACAGGUGGUACCAGAACACUUCUCCCCCAAGGGAGUCUGAGCUUUUCGUCC